AUGUGCAGAGACCAACACAAAGACAGAAUUGUUCACAUACGAAGCGAUUUUAUCUUCGACAGUCUUGCAAUUCUUACAGAAAUAAAAUAUGAUUUUGAGAAAAGUUGUCAAUCAAAGUUAUCUGACCUCCAGAAAACCAUGACAAAAAGAACAUUGAGACUAAAAGGUCUGACUGAAUUAGUAGCGUAUGAUAUCAGUGAAUUAAAAAAGCUUAAACGGUCACUUAUAUCUAAGUUAGGAAAGCCAAAAAGAAAAAUUACCAAAACGGAAGUGAUUUUAUACAAGUUCGAACAGUUUUUAGACAAGCCUGUACAAUUCCUUACGUGUUUAAAGAAAACCCCUAUCCCAAGGAAAAAGAGUAUUUCUGGUAUAUUGUCCUUCUCCCUGAAUAGAAAAAUCAACAGGAUGGAAAUAAUUAAAUUACUAGGAGAAAUCCAAAUCAAAGAGACAAAAAAGCGACAAAUUAGAAAUGAACAGCUACUGGAAGUAAUGCAUGCACCUUUGUUACAGAAAUCAUUUAAACUGUUGGGUCUUUGUGAGGUUUGCCACAUUUCCUGUGUGACAACAGAUAUGGUAUGGAUCAGUGAUAUAUUUGGACGUAUUAUCUUGAUAAACACAAAAAAUGGUCCUCUACAUAUUGUGAAAAAUUCAAAAAGUCAUUCUGGAGGGCACUCGGUGACUCUUGAAGGGAAUCUCAUUUACAUAGAUAUAAAUAAUAAUAUCAACAAAUUGUCUGCAGACAACAAAACGCUCAAUACACUAAUAAAGAACAUAGAACAAUGGACUGCAGAGUGUGUGCUCUCUUCUCCCUCCAAUGGGGAUCUACUCGUUGGGAUAAUGAAAUUUGAUAAAAAGAAAUAUAUCUACACAGAUGCCAAAGUAUUGCGGUGUGAUAGUACAGGAAAACAAAUGCAGGUCAUUGAACACAAUAACAAGGGUAAGAAACUGUAUAAACUUCCUAAAUACAUCACGGAGAACCAUAAUGGAGAUAUUAUUGUUUCUGAUAAGUCUCGUGUAGUGGUGACAGAUCGUGGAGGAAGGCAUCGCUUUUCUUAUGGAGGACUGUCACCACUAGGAAUCUGUGUUGACGCACUAUCACAUAUUCUGGUAUCUGAUGCUACAACUGGAACAGUACGAAUGAUUGACAAAGAUGGUCACUACAUAUUAAUGUUCACUAAACAUAAAGAGAUACAUGUAUCAGGGGGUCUUGACUAUGACGAUAAAAAUCACCUCCUUUUAGUUGGAAUAAAUGAUAAAAGAGAUGAUAACAGCGGAGUCAAUGUUUACAGAUACAUACAUAGAAAGGAUCAAUUCGACGACGAUCUUCAUGGCUAG